ACCAUUCCCGUUUCUUUCUCAAACAGCCUAGAAUCAUUGCCAGUGUUUCUUCCCCAUCUUCUUGCCCAUAUUCUUCCUUAUCCAACCAGAGAAGUAAACCAAAAAUCCCUCAUCCUUCUGUUUCCUGUCUUCUUUCUUCCUAAAAAACAAGAAAAAAAAAAAAAUCCCUAAUUCUCAUUCCCCAUCUUGUUCGGCUCUUCCUCAUCUUCUUCAAUUCCUCGUCUUUCAUCGAUUCUUCCCCGUCUUCUUCGGUUCUUCCCCUUCUUCUUUCUCAACCUAUCUACAACCCAAAAUCCCUAAUUUCCCCCUAAUUUUCCCAAUCAACUACUAUGAAGAAGAGUCAAGAUCUACAAAGCCAAACCAUCAAAGUGUUCAUCCAUUACCACUGGAGAUGAGCGCAAGGAGCUUGAGGAUUUGGAUCUUGCGCAAUUCAACUUACUUUUCUAUUUACAGAAUAAACGAUGAAAUAGAAACCCCACCUCUUCAUUUUUUUUCCAUUUUAUUUAUUUUGGUAAAGAACUUGGAAUUAUGUACCACUGAAAAUUUUCUGAAUGCAUUUUCUUGUUGCUUUGAUUAUUACACCUCUUUGCUUUUUUCCCAAAUAAGGAUGGAAAUCAUUGAUCUUUUCAAUCCUCAUCUAAGUGUGGGUCGUGAUAUUUCCAUGAUGUGAAGUGAUGUUUGGAAUUUUAUUAGCGUAGAUUCUAUUAAUGUUGCUUGCUAUAAUUUGGAUUGCGAACUGGUCAAUUCUAUGCUAUUUUGACCCUUGAUUUAUCGACUUAGGGUGUGGAGCAUGCAUGUUUAUUUACAUUAUGUGUUACUUCUUCAAUAAGAAAACCAUUCCUCUGUUUCAAAAUCAAGGUCCUUACUCCUCUUUAGUCAUCUUAACUUUCUUUUUAGCCAUUAGUGUGUUUCAUGCAUAUAGGAGUUUUAGGUUGAAGAUGUCCAAGUUUAAUUCCAUGGUCAGCAAAUUCAGGGCUGGUUUGGUUGGUUCACAUCAAGCUCUAUUUGAUUCAAGGAUAGAGAAGGUGGGAAUGUGGGAUACAAAAGUUGAUUCAAUAAUUCAUGAGGUGAAUGGCAAAAGUUAAUAAUUCUUAGUCAAAAUGCCUCACUUUUAUCUCAUUCCUAAACUCUAUUCAAUGGUGAUAGCAAAAGUCAACUUCCUUUUUCCUCAGCAACUUGGCAGGGGAGGAAUUUCAUGGGGCAGAUAGGUGUUUUCUCUCCUUGAUAUACAUAAUCUUAUGUUAGAUGUAUAACAUAAGUCACUUUUUGUGUUCUUUAGAAUUUGAUAAGUGU